GCAUCCUCCCAUCAUCUCCUCCUCUGGCGAGAACUCCUACCCAACCAACUGCUAGGUGCUUAAUGGCGUCGCCGGCGGCGCCGCCGUUCCUCAUUAAGACGUACGCGAUGGUCGACGACCCCGGGACGGACGACACCAUCUCCUGGAACGAGUCCGGCACGGCGUUCGUGGUGUGGCGGCGCGCCGAGUUCGAGCGCGACCUCCUCCCCAGGAAUUUCAAGCACAGCAACUUCGCCUCCUUCGUCCGGCAGCUCAACACCUACGGAUUCAAGAAGGUCGGGAUCGACAGGUGGGAGUUCGCCAACGACUGCUUCAGGCGAGGGCAGAAGCACCUGCUCGGGGCGAUACAGAGGCGGAAGGGGAUCGGCGCCGGGCAUGGGCGACGACGGGGGCAUGUCCGUGCAAGCGAGUAA